GCAGAUGGAUUGUAGUCAUCGUUAAGUGUGCAGCAAUGUGGAGUUUAAGAAGGUGCAUGAAGACUUUUGCAUCAAGGUCUCUGAAAAAGUGGAGACAUCAUGAUUCGAGAGAUACUAUAUUUGCCCUGUCCUCUGGCCAUGGAAAAUGUGGUGUGGCAGUGAUUCGAACCAGUGGCCCUGCCAGUCAGGAGGCACUGCAUCUUUUAACUAAAUUGCAGAUAUUACCUAUUCCGCGGCAAGUCACACUUGCAUCGAUUAUGUGUCCAAACUCUGGGGAGCUAUUAGACAGGGGACUGGUGGUGUGGUUUUCAGGUCCACGCAGCUUCACAGGAGAAGAUUGCUGUGAAUACCAUGUACAUGGUGGACCAGCUGUGGUCGGUGGCAUACUACAAGCUCUGGGACAUCUAAAAACACUUCGUCCUGCAGAGCCAGGCGAAUUUACAAAGAGGGCUUUUCAAAAUGGAAAGCUGGAUCUAACUGAAGUAGAAGGUCUGGGGGAUCUUAUCCAUGCAGAGACUGAAAUUCAAAGGCGGCAAGCUUUACGGCAGAUGUCUGGAGAGCUUGGACAACUAUAUCAGAGAUGGAGUCAUCGAUUAAUCCGGGCAUUGGCUCAUGUUGAAGCCUUUAUAGAUUUUAGUGAGGAUGACAACAUUGAAGAAGGUGUUCUGCCUGCAGUUGAUGAAGAAGUGGAAAAACUUCAGAAAGAGCUGGAGGAUCAUCUCAAGGACAACCGCCGAGGAGAGAGACUGAGAGAUGGAGUGCAGGUGGUUCUAGCAGGAGCAACCAAUGCGGGGAAGAGUAGUCUGCUUAAUGUAAUAAGUGAGUACCCUG